CAUCUUAUUAUAUACAUAUCCCUUUGCAAGUCAGUGUCAGAAAACACAGACGACAGCGACAAAGAAAAAGACAGCUAAACGAAUACUUUGACGCAUUCUCACCAAAUAGAUUAACAAAUUAAACCCCUAUUAUUGUUUGAUCUUUAAUUUAAUUAUUCACUCUUCAAGCUCACCUUAACCCCUUUUUCCCCUUUCAUAUUUCUUUAUCACACUCCAACCUUAUCUUCUCCGAUCAAAUUAGGGUUUCUUAAUUUUGCUACUGCUUACUUUGAUUUUGUUCAAGAAUUCUGAUCGAGAUGACGAACCGGUGGUGGGCGGCCGCGGGAGUCGACUCGUCGUCGCCGGCGCCGGCGAUCGGGAAAUCCGAUCUCGUGAGCGAGAGCAUGGCGAUGAAGAAUCCGGAUCUGAGCAUAGCAAUGAACGACGGCGUCGGGGGCGGGGGCGGGGGCGGGGGUGAGGAAGAGGAGGAGGAGAGGGAGGGGGCGGUGGAGGCGCCGGCGCGGCGCCCGAGGGGGAGGCCGUCGGGCUCGAAGAACAAGCCGAAGCCGCCGAUCUUCGUGACGCGCGACAGCCCCAACGCGCUGCGCAGCCACGUACUGGAGGUGGCGAGCGGCUCCGACGUGGCGGAGUCGAUCGCGCAGUUCGCGCGGCGGCGGCAGCGCGGGGUGUGCGUGCUCAGCGCCAAUGGAACAGUCGCCAACGUCACGAUCAGGCAGCCGUCAGCAGCCGCUGGCGCGGUGGCGCUGCACGGCAGGUUCGAGAUACUGUCGCUCACCGGAUCGUUCCUGCCCGGGCCGUCGCCGCCCGGGUCGACGGGGCUGACCGUGUACCUCGCCGGCGGGCAGGGGCAGGUGCUGGGGGGCAGCGUCAUCGGCGCGCUGGUCGCGGCCGGGCCAGUGAUGGUGAUCGCCUCCACGUUCUCGAACGCGGUGUACGAGCGGCUGCCGCUCGAGGAGGAGGAGGAGGAGGCCGGCGGCGGCGGAGAUAUGGGCGGCGGCGUGGAGCAAGGAGGCAUGGGUGAUCUAAGUGGCUAUAAUAAUAUGGCGGCAGCGAGCUUGCUUCAUAAUGGUGGCCACAUCAACAAUGAUAACUAUGCUAAUUGGAGUCAUGGCCGCAAUCCAUAUUAGGUAAUUAUUGUUAGAAAUUAAGUGUGUCUGUGUGUGUGACUUUGAUUAGUCCAUAAUUACUCGAUUGCUAAUGAUGUUCAUUAAUUUCGCCUCUUAUCCUAACGCUGUUCAAACA